AUGGCAUUUACCGAUGCCAGCGAGUCCUACUUCUUGGACGCUGUAGCGAACACCUGCCAGCCGAUCGUCCAAAUACUCCCUCUCAAUGACAACGAAAUUUUCGAGUAUCUCGACGCCCAUCCAAACACCCUCUCCAGAUACAUGAGAGGACGCCCUGGGUUAUGGGACGCCUUUGGCAGCACUUUCGCGCUAGACGAAGAUGCCCUGGGUGGGGCCUUCUUCAAGAAUGUGACUGGUUCCACUGCAGGUGGACCAGCGGUCUUGAAGGGAUCAGACGACGCUGCUCAAGAGGUCGCAUGGGAGCCUGUUGAUGAAGGGGAUAGGGGCUACGUGUACGUGGAUGACGAAGGAGUGGAAGAAGAACUAAAGGAGGAACAAGGGGGAGAACUGGAUGAAGUCGGCAACGAGGAGGACGAUGACGAGAGCGAUGACGGCUAUGGCAGUGACUAUGAGGACGCCGUUUCCAGCGGGCUUUCUCCUCAGCCUGGGCCUGGGACACCUUCCAACAGUAGCCCCGCUUCACCCGCCCGCAACAACGGAGCUGAUCAAGAUGGCGAACACGAUGACAAUGGCGACGACGGGGAGGAGGAGGAGCUGAUGCCAUACCCAGCCCCUGUACACCUUGUCGCUGAAUCUCGCCUCGGGCCACCGACACGCUCCUGGGCACUAUGGGAAGAAGAGGCGUGCAUCGGCCACAUGCUCAAUAUCAAGAGCGAGCGAAAGCUUAAUGGGGAAGCACGAUUUCGAGAAGCCCUACAUCGGAUGCGAGUCUACGAUGGAGUCACAAGAACUGGCUACAGUGCUGUCAAGAAUUUCUGGAACCGCGUGGGCCGUGCUCGCUCGCAAUUUGACGAACGAAGAAACAAGAAAGCGCCGCUGGCGACAUCGAAGCAAGGCAAGAAGUCCGGAUCGAAGUCUUUGUCCUCAUCGCCACAACGGCGCGAGACACCGCGGGCCGCUUCUUCAAACAUGAAAUCUCGCAUUGGGAAGUACACUAGGCAUCGACGCUCUCAGUACUCCUCCGACGAAGGCGAGUCACACCAUGCCAUCCCGAGCGAUGACGAGGAACCAAUCAACCAACGUCAGACCCUCAAGCGAAAAGACCGAGACGAAGACAGCGACGAUGAAUCUGAACCGGUCAAUGCCGUGACGAAAGGAUUCCGACCAUCACAGAAAGUUUGCGCUGCGUGA